AACGCGCUGAUAGCUUAUCUUUAGUGUUUUCAGCAACAAAAGGUUCUUCAGUCGCUGAGUAAUUGUUUCACUUACAAAACUACAAAAUAGGAAAAAAUCGAACUAAUGGAGAAGCGUUCCACAUCUACGAUGCAGGUGCUCUAUGCGGAACUGGCAGCCGCUAAAUCUCGAAAUGCCCAGCUGGAAGAGGAGAACAUUUUGCUGCGCCAUCGACUAAAUCGCGCCUCCGCCAACCACAGCACAAAUGCGGCCAUAAAUGUCGAGGCCAAGAUCAUGGCCUUUCAAUUGGAGGAGGAGCGCGAUCGUCUGGUGGAGACAGUGCAGCAGCACAAGAAGAAGUAUAAUAAGUUACAUGAUGCCUAUUUGGAGAAGGUAAAACGCUGUCGUGCCCUGGAGGAGAUGUUUAAGCGACAGAAGACACUUACAGGCUUGGUAAUGAAAUCCUCUCUAGAUCAAAGAAAUGCAGAGCAACAAAUAAUGAAAGAGAAGCGGCAAUCGGCACAAAGCGAUCUCAAUGAAUUGCAAGAGCUGAAAGCCAAAGUGGAGAAGCUUCAAAGAGCCCUGGAUGAGUCAUACGACAUUAUCGAUGAAAUGGAUUUUGAACUGGAAAGCGUGGAUUUACUGGAAAUGCAAAAUCAAAGCUUACGAGAUGAAUUGGCUUCUCUGAAGUUGAACUCCGAAGCAGGAGCGAUCAGUGUGGCAGCUUCAGCACCCAACGAUGAUGAUCCUCCUCCAAAAUAUGAAGAGGACUAUCCUGGGUCUUAUCACAAAGCUCGUCGUUGCUCUUCAAGCAGUGAGUCUGGACCCAAGGAUGACGAUGCCGAUGCUGAAACCAUGGAAAGGGCUGCUCUAACCCAUAGCCUUAUUCAAACUGUUGAAUCGGAGAGCAAUGCCCUUCGACGAGAACUGCUGAGGUCCCGUUGCCAAAGAACAAUACGAGCCAAGCUGGAAAAGGAAAGUGAGGAUGCUGACUAAAAAAAGCGGCUUAACCCAAAACCCAAUGCAUCAACUAAUAAACAAUAGAUUGUAAGAAGAACUAAAGCUGAUGAAACUGACCACUAAACUUACGCAUAGAGCUGCUUUAUCAAAAUCUAGUUAACUAGUUAGCCCAGAUUCAGAGCCAACUACGCCUAACAAGUGCACAUACCAGAGAUUGCUUUUAAGGUUCGACAAACACGCUCUGCGGCCGCCUUAAAUCAAAACUUUUGAGAUAGAGUAACCUGGUUUUUCGGGCGCAAAGGAAACUCGUCUAAUGGCGAUUAAUUAAAAUAUUUGUUAAUGCCAUCGAACGGGUUGUGGCCAGAUCACUUGCCAAAGGAUCUGGCCUCUGAGCCAUGCCAUGAAGGUUCCAACCCCCAACACUUGCCCCCAUCCCAUCUGCAAUCUGUUUUUGGCGCGCCAUCCAUUAAAACAUGACAAUUAUUUUUAUGACUUAAUGCAGUCGGAGGCCUUGUUGCCCAAUGCCUAAUGUUGCAAAUUAUUGACAAAGUAAAUUAAUCUGCACAUUUGUUGGUCAGACCAGACAAACUAGCGCGACACCUCUAAGAUCACUAAGCUCUCCCACUUGCGGCAUAUUCGUUUGGCUGCUUAAUGCAAUGCGAAUGGGGUGCAGUUAAAAAAUUAAAUUUAAGAAUAAUUUGUAUUAUUAAAAUUUAGGAAUUAAUAAAGUAUUUU